AGUACGAGUAGUGAUACAAUAAGUAUCGAACUCGAAAUAUCUAAAUUACCAUACGAUAACGUGUGUUAUUGCGCUACACUUUUUUUUCCUCUUUAUUUUUCUGGGGCCAAGUUUGUGAGGAAGCUGAUACUACCAAAGUCCUAAACAUAAACCAAAUCACCUCUCUUUAGUCUUUCUCUGUGACAACAUCAAAACGUACAUAAAAACUCUUCUAUGAUCUCUUUUGGGUCAUCGAAAGAGGACGGUGAGCAGAGACUUUGUUACGACUGACGAGCGAGAAUAUGGUGGGUUCAAAGAUCAGCUUGAAGAAGAAAAUCGCGGACGGCAGGCAGCAAAAACCCGAGCACACGCCCGACCUCACAGACUUCAUGAACGACAUGUUCUUUGGGACCAUGAAGACCGACAAGACAGCCUAUAACUUGACGGGCCGCGAAGGCGACGAGGAAGUUGACGAGGAGGAUGAUUUCGAGAGCAGUACGAGGAGCAACAGCAGCAGCAGGCAAACGCAGGAGUGGCUCGAGCAAGCUAGGCGGAUGGUGGCGGCGUCGCCUGCCCGGUGCGACUCGCCUUCCCCGCUUGUAGGGUCACCUCGGUUUGCAGCAGCGGCCCAGGGCAGGCUCUCACUUUCCUCCCAGCUGGACCGGAGGGAUCCGCUCUCUAGGUCUGCCAGAAGGCACAGAGCACUGGACGGCUUUAGCGGCGAAAUCCUGACAAAAUCGGCGAAGCAUAGCCGCAAUAGAUCCGAGACGCUGGACAUAGGAGGUCCGGACUCUCCCACCGGCGAAUCCCCUGCUUCGGCGGUCCAGAAAUGGUUCUCCAACAUGCUCAAACCACCCAACGCCACGUCGGCAGAGGACCCCACCGUAGCCCCCCACAUCAGCGAACAACCCCAACCACCUCAGCGCAUGCCACCUCGGCUGUCGACCCACAGCCGCAGGUCCCGCUUCCAAAGCCACCCCGCCGUGACGCAGCCGCAGGGGAUCCCUCCCCCUCCGCGCCGCAAUUUUAAGACAUCAGCGCAGGCGCAGGACGGCCAGCAGCAGCUGCUGUCCCCGCCGAGGAAUCUCGUCGAGUCCGUUCACCGGCGGUCGAUCUCGUCAGCAACAUGCUUCGCCCCCGACGACAGGGUCCUCUCCCCCCUGAGGAGCAUCGUGGAAUCGGCCCACCGGAGGUCGAUCUCGUCGUCCACGUGCUCGCUGGAGAAGAUUGCCCCGCCGAAGGACAACGGCAAUGGGUUGGCUAGGGAAGGUGAGGGGGAGAGGGGUCUGAAUCCGGUCAGCGUGAAUAAGUUCCUGAAGGAACAGAGGGGCAAGAUCGAGAAGCUGUUGGACGGACAGAUCGAUGCUAGGCCCAAGAUUGUCUUGUCUGGACCUUCAAACAGUACGAGUUCUAUGGUAGCUGCAAUAUGUUACGCGUGGCUGUUGGAAAACCGGGUGAGCAAAAACAGGGGAAAUGGUGAUGAAGAUGGGGGAAAUGUGGUGGUGCCCGUGAUGAAUUUCAAGAGGUCAAGGAUGUGGAAACAUAGGCAGGCUGCUUGGCUCUUCCAUCACGUGGGUUUAGACCCAUCCUCAGUUCUCUUUGCUGAUGAGGUAGAUUUGGAGAGUCUAAUGAUGGCUGGGAGGUUGAACAUACUCGUGGUCGGUCAAGACGUUCUUAAAACCAACAACGAGGUUGGGUCUCAAUGCACAAUCCUUACGGACAACUAUUGUGAAGAAGCCUAUGAUCUUCUUCAAACUGCUUUACUGAAGAAACUUUUGCUUGCCGGAAUACUUUUAGACACACAAAAUCUAAGUGCAAGUGCUGAGCUAUCUAAAACUAGAGAUGCAGAAGCAGUACAGUUGCUGCUAGUCGGCUCAGCCCCCAAUUACAGAAACGCUCUCUUUGAUCAGUUGAUGCAAGAUCAACGGGAUGGUGCCUUUAUUGAAGUUUUGCGUCAGAGCUAUGGGAAGCCUCUUAGCGAGAAUUUUCUGGAUGGGGGGGCACUUGCAGAGCACAGAGUUCCGGACAGAAAGUCCACUUCUGCCCUUUACCAUGAACCGGCAACGAGAGGUCCAAAUACAAAGUCUAAUGAUGCCACAAAUGGGAUGCCUCACAAGGUUUCCCCAAGACCAGAUAAUAAAGAGAAUACAACUCCUGCUCAAGCUCCAGCAAAGGCAUCAGCUGAAUCGGCACCGGAUGCUGGCCGAGGGAAGAACAAGUUCUUUCUCGCCAAGUGGUUUGGGUUCGGUUCGAAAUGAAGAUGAGAGGUUUGCUUCAGUUUAUUGAUUGUAAUUUAUUUGUUGCCUUCAGAAAGGUCUCUGAAAUUUCAGAUAAGACAUACAUGUCGAGAUUUCUAUAGUUAGUGGUGGGUCCAGUGAUACUCGUUUGGCUAUUUUUUGGUAUUAUCUCUUCAUUGUCCUCACUUUUAGAUGUCAGGGGUGCCAGAGAUAGUUCCAUAGUUGAUAAGAGUGAGCGAUGCUGGCACCUUGUGGUAUUCUCCAUGUUUGUGUCUAUUACGUUGCAGAACUUGUGUGCCAUUGAUAUGAUCUGCCAUUUUGUACUGUUGAGACAUGCAAUUUAACGUGAUUUAUUCCUCAUUUCAUUGUU